UUUCUGCCUUAAAGGCGGCCAACAACACUGUUGGGCAGAUGAAUCACAGGAGCAAAGCAAAACACAGAGCAACAGAAGAUCGAUGAGUUCUUGUUUAAGAUGGUGAAAGAAGACGGCAACAAUAACUUUGUUGGCUCAGUGGUAACAAAUAAGUGCAGCCGUCACUGCCUCGGACUUCUGACCUUCCACAGUUGGGCUACUGGAGACCGGAUCCACCUGAGCCCGGAUGGUCUGCAGGCUGAAAGGAUAGGGGACACGUUCAGAGAUGGCCUAGUGUUCACUAGCCGGCCAGUAAGGGUCCAGGAGAGAGUUCAUGUUCGAGUGCAGAAGGAAGAACUGUUUAAAUGGCAGGGAGCCAUGCGGAUCGGCUUCACCAGCGUGCCACCUUCAGACAGAUCUUUGCCUCUGCCCAGGAUGGCCAUCCCAAAUCUGACCCAAAAGCCGGGCCACUGGGCUGCUCCUGUGCCUGAGUCCCAGUGUUCUGCAGGUUCAGAGCUGGUGUUCUGGGUCUCUGCUGGUGGAAACAUAUAUGUAGAAUGCGGCAACACGCGGGACAAACUUCUUUCAGGAGUGGACCUCGGUCAGCCCCUCUGGGCCAUGAUAGAUAUCUACGGACAGACACGCUCCAUAUUUCUGCUUGGCUCUGAGAUGAAGAGAUUGUUUUAUAGAAGAAAGUCCUGCACUGUUCCUGUACCUGAGCUUCCCAUCUCACCCAAUGACAGCUGUCAUUUGAAUGCUAACGCUUCAACAUCAAGAUACGGUGAUGAGUGCGUCUCCAACCUUGAAAUGGACAUGUCAGCAGAUGAAACAUGUGUGGUGUGCAUGCAGAGAACAGUCGAAAGUGCCUUGCCCUGUGGCCACAAGUGUUUGUGUUACCAAUGCACUUCCAGAGUCUUGCUGCAGUUUGGAACCUGCCCGCUGUGCCGAGAGGACAUCAGGUCUCUGUUAAUAGAGUGGAGGGGGGUGUCUGGCUGAGCCUUGAAAUGCUAUUCCACCUGAAAUAAUCCCUGAACUGUUUUUGUAAUUGUAGUGAGGAAAAUGAAAAGUGGCUGACGUGAAUUGUUGAAGCCACAGAAUCUGACACUCCAGAAACACUUACAUUUUAUAAAAACCUUGUGAGACAAAGAAAAUGUAUUAUGAAGCUGACACCAGUCCCAAUGAGCAUAAAUGUAUUUUGUAAAAUGUAAAUUGAAAAAUGUCAUUCUUUUGCACUUUCUUUGUAAUCUCUAGAUAAAGAAGAGGAGCCAAAAUAUCUGUUGCUGACAAAGACAUGAGCGUUUAUUGUGUAUAAGAAUUUGUUUUAUAUGUUUUUUACACAUAUUUUUAACUGUAAUUUCUUUUUACAUGUUUCUACUUUGUAAAAAAAAAAGUCACUUGUCUGGAAGAAUGUCAAAGAUAAGGAAAGAUAUAAAGACGUUCUGACUUUUAUUCUUGUUGAUGUGUCUGAUGUGAUCCUGAGAUAUGUAUCUAAAUAAGCGGAGUGUUUGGUUUCCCAGCACUGUCGUGAAUCUAAAAAUGACUCAUUUUUCAAAGGAGUAGACAUAUUUUGUUUAAAAUGCAGAAGCCGAUGCAGUAGAUUGUGUAAUCUGAAACUGGUUAUGGGUGUGUUUUACGCUGCUGGAAAGAUACCAGAGAGUGGAGAUGUUUCUUGCACAACUGAAAAACGUGCAACCUGCAAAUCAUUGCUGUGGUUAAAUAGAAAACAAAACUUAUUAGUUAAUAAAUGAUCUGCAGUAUUUUUUAAGACUUUAAUAUAAAUUAAACAUUUAGUGUACUUGAUUAUGUAUCCGCAUCUCCUCUGUUCGUCAUCUGGAUCCAUGCUCACCUGUUCUGUCUUUAAUGCAACAGCUCUGGUAUAAUUGUCCACACAAAUCAGUGGUAUUAUUAAAUGAUUUGUCUGUUGUAAAUGAUUAACAUGGCAAAGGAGUGAAUGAAGCAAAAUGCUGGCAA